CCGAAACCACAGAGCACGAUGCACCCGAUCGUGUGGCUCUUGGGUGGGGCGACAGCCCUCGUGGUGCUUGUCGUUCGAGCAGCAUUUACUUAUGGACAUCGGAAUAAGGACAUGCCUUCGGGCCCUCCAACCCUUCCUUUUAUCGGCAAUGCACACCUCAUCCCCAAGUCGUACACCCAUGUCCAGUACGUCCCCCAAUCCCAAUUCACCGAUUGGGCUCGCAAAUAUGGCGGGCUGUACAUGCUCAAAGUUGGCAACAGCAACAUGGCGGUGGUGACGGACCGGCGCAUCGUGAAGGAGGUGCUGGACAGCAAAAGCUCGCUGUACAGCCACCGGCCGCACUCGUUCGUCUCGCACGAGCUGAUCACCAAGGGUGACCACCUUCUGGUGAUGCACUAUGGUCCGAAAUGGCGCACCUUCCGACGCCUGGUGCACCAGCAUCUGAUGGAGUCGAUGGUGGACAGCCACCACCUGCGAAUCGUCAACGCGGAAGCCAUCCAACUCGUGAGAGACUACAUGCUGGAUCCGACGCACCACAUGGCGCAUCCCAAGCGGUUCAGCAACAGUAUCACGAACUCGAUCGUCUUCGGGAUCCGCACCGCCAACCGGCACGGCACGAACAUGAACCGGCUGUACACACUCAUGGAGCAAUGGUCGGAGAUUAUGGAGACAGGCGCGACGCCACCGGUGGACAUCUUCCCAUGGCUGAAGCGGCUGCCGGAGCGGCUGUUCGGGCACUACGUGACGCGGGCGCGGGCGAUAGGGGUUCAGAUGGAGACGCUGUACGAGGACAUCCUGCAGCGAGUCGAAAAACGGCGCGAGGCCGGGGUCGAGCUGGACACGUUCAUGGACCGGGUGAUCGCGACGCAGGACCGCAACCAGCUGCCGCGGCACCAGCUGGCGUUCAUCGGCGGCGUGCUGAUGGAGGGCGGGUCGGACACGAGCUCGAGUCUGACGCUGGCGAUCGUGCAGGCCCUCACGCAGAACCCCGAGGUCCAGCGCAAGGCGCACGCGGAGCUCGACGCCGUCGUCGGCCACGCCCGCUCCCCCGUCUGGGCUGACCUCGCCCGGCUGCCCUACAUCAACAUGAUCGUCAAGGAGGGCCAUCGCUGGCGGCCUAUCCUGCCGCUCUGCUUCCCCCAUGCUCUUGGCCAGGACGACUGGAUCGAUGGCAAGUUGCUUCCCAAGGGCACGAUCGUCGUUGUCAAUACCUGGGGCAUGCACAUGGACCCUGAUCACGGGCUCAACCGCAAGUAUGAUCCUGCCGCGUUUGUGCCCGAGCGCUUCGCUGACCAUCCUGCGCUCGCCCCGGAGUAUAUCGCUGGCUCGUGGGAGAAUCGCGACCAUUACGGCUAUGGCGUUAGUCGGCGCAUCUGUCCCGGCAUUCACCUGGCUGAGAGGAACAUGUUUUUAGCCAUUGCUAAGCUGCUCUGGGCGUUCGAGUUCCAGCCCGGCGAGGAGCCCAAUGAUAGCGAUCCCGUGACGGGGUAUCAGCAUGGCUUCCUCUACUGCGCCAAGCCGUACGGGUGUCAGCCCGUGCUGCGGAGUGAGGCUAUCCGCGAGACAGUUGAUCGUGAAUUUGCCCUGGCGCAGAAAGAGGUGUUUUCGACUUUUACUGAGGGAUGAGCGUUGAUCACUGGCCAUGAUUACGGAGGGGUUCAAGGCUGAUUACGAAAGUAUGGAAUGUGUGGAUAUGUUGAAAUUGAAUGGGGUUGUUGAGACGUCUCGAUAAUUUAAGACCAUGUUUUUAGUGGAAGCAGAAGGUUGGGAUAGUCAAAUGUCUAUAUCGGUGC